CUCAAAUCCAAGAUGGCGGACGACAGUAAAUCGGUGAGUUCCGAAGCAAUAUUGUUUUUUUGACUUUUUUCUUGGAAUUUUUUGCAUUUGUAGUAGAGCAUAAUUUGUUAUAGGUUUUUUCCGGGUAAUAGUCGGAAGAGUUUAUUCGUAAUAUAAAAACACACCUCGUUAAGUCGAAGCUACAACUUGUUGGGCUUGUAGGACUGUCAACUGACUGGAAAGUUUACACCUCCUCUCUUAGUUGCCACAAGUUUUUCUUGGAAUCCUCAAAACCGUUUUGACCAUUAUCCUAUCAGCCACAGUAUUUCAAACGUCUUGUAAGCUGGUUCUCAAGUGCACGCUUACAAUAUUUCAGGGCUGUCAACCCCCCACGUCUUCAAAUGUUGAGAAUAUGAUGGGGAAGGGCUGAUACACAACUGUAGAUGACGUCAUAACGCAUGGUAUAUGACGUCAUUUGUGCAAAAAAAUACUUAUUGACCCAGUCUUCACAAAUUUGCGAUUACACAAAAUGCAUGAAAAAGAUGUUGUUGGCAUUGUUACAUUUGAGCUGAUUGGUUUACUUCUUACCAAUCACAUUAUUAUUACAAUGGCAUGUCAGGGUGUAUAAGGAAACGUUCAGUGUUAACAUUAAAAUAGCUCAAACAAUGCAAAAUAUUUGAAAUUCAGCCUGUGAACAGAGAGCCUGGCUAUUUGAAAUUUUAUUGUCGGAAAGUCUACUGAAGAAAUGGCAAACAUCGGGGAUUAUCUGGGAGAUUUCAUACUCUAAUCUGGAGACCAGGAGAUACGGUCCAAAAUCUGGAGUCUCCCUGAUUAUCCAGGAGAGUUGACAGCACUGAUAAUUGGGAGCUAUUUGAACUUUAAAAUGUAGCACAUGUACAUGUACUUCACUGUUAUUAUUACUAGCAUCAAUGUUUUUUUUUGCUUUGUUGAGAGGGAAUUACUGUUCAGGGGUGGAUCUAGAUGGCCUCAAUGCAGAGAUGCCAACCUCUGGAACUCUAAAGUCUGGAGAAUGUUUCUUUUACAGUACCACCCCCCCUCCCCCUACCUAAUUAGUAAUCUACUCCGCACCUGAUUCACAUAUAAAUCAACCCAGUCAUGACAUGUACCUGUCAACAGUUGCUUCCAUGACUUUAAAGAUGAAAAAAUCUUUUUCAGUGAUGAAGAUGCACGAAUAUGCUGCUAACUUUAAAAUAAAACAAGUUUUGGAUUUUGAGAAAAUCAUGGGUUAAAUUCCAUACAAUACAGUACAAUAAAACUCAAAAGAUAUUUUUAUCCAGGAGAGACUGGGAGAUUUUUGUCAUGUCCUGAAAACUCACAGAUAAUAUGGAGAGUUGGCAUGUCUCAAAAGGGUGAAGGCAUGAAACAUUUAGAUAUUGUACAGCAAAAAGUAAAUUUCUUUCUGUUACAUUAAUUUCAUUGACAUUUGAUUGAUAUUGUUUUUUGUUUAAAUACCUUAAAAACUAGGAAGGAACAGAGGAUGGAGUCAAAUCUCAUCUUGGAGAAACAGCAGAUGAGUUUUUGAUCAGACCAGUAAGUAGUAAAAAUGAUAAUUUUAACACAGUAUAAUGGUUAACGAUUCCAGCCGUUGUUUGGGAAAUGAGCCCGUGAAUAUGUUAAAUUGGACUGUUCAAGCAAGUUUAAAUCUUGAACAUCCUUCUGCAUUAUAUGGAACCUGUUCCUCUGGUUACUAAAAGGGUUUAAAAAAGACAUUAAAAUACGCCAUAAUUUUUUCAAUCUGGCGAUGGUACAACUGUGACAAAGACAGCACUUACAAAGAUCAUGCUAAUAGUUUUUCUUUAUUUCUUGUCAGGCUUUUGUUGAGCAUGUAAAUAUUGAAGGUUAUUGGAGAACAAAGAAGGAUAUUUUAGUUCCUGGAAUCAAACGAAUCCUAGAGGCCACUAAUUUCCGUGAGGUAUUAAAAUUUAAUGAUAGUCUAAGGAGAAUACUGUUUUCAUGAACUUCAAGAAAAAUAUGAAUUAAAAUGAAAGCAGUGUCAGAGUUGAUUAUGGCAAUUUUUUUUAACCAUUCUCAUUUUUGCUUUUGCCACUGUCACAAUUGCAAUUUCUGUGUAACCAUCACUUCAUGCUUUGACUUCACUUCUCCCAUUUGAACUCCACCCCUUUCCUAGCUUGUUAUGCUCCCCAUGUACAUCUAGCUUUCCCAUGGUAACUUAUUUAGAGAGAGACUGGACAAACAGACUUGAGGGAUGGACAGAGUGACUCGACGGACCAGCCAGGGUGAAAAUAAUCUUUAAAAAUUACAUAAUUUUGAAUUACAUUUCCUAGCCUCAUUACAAAAUGCUCGCUCUAAAUAAUAGUAAUAUAUUAUUACUUUUUCAGCUUAUAGCACUUGCUUUUGAGGCAAAAGAGAACCUACAGAAUCUUGGAGUCUUUAAUGAAAUUGAUUUAAUGAUUGACACAAGCUCAGGUGAAGAAUUGGGGACUUCUGCAUUAUAUUUUGUUUUCUUAAAAGAGGUAUAUCAGCUCGAUGGUUGUCUUUGAAAAAGCUACUUUCUUCAUUUUUCUUUUUAAAUACUCUAGAGUUCGUAAGUUUUUAAACAGUCUACAACCAUCAAAUACAUUUACUUGACACUGAAAAUAACAAAAAAGAUAUUAACAUAAAAUUUUUCCUAAAGUAGGGAACUUUCAUAGUGAGAAAUUUUAGCUUGUUUAGCUUGUAACUUUUAAAUAUUUUAUUUCAUUAUAUUGACUUUUUUGUGUGAGCGUCAUUCAUGAGAGGGAGAAGGGGAAGUUUGAGAUGCCUUGAACGUGCUGCCCCAUUUACAAAAUUAAAUAAACAUCUCUCCACGUAGUAUGUUUAUACUAAUGUUACAGGAUGCCUUUAAGGAUGUCCUAUCUCCACACAAUGUAGAACAUACCAAUUAAGCUGUAGAUAUAUCUCAAAACCAUUUCAAAUUCUAAGGUUGUAGAACUGGAUAUCUAAAUACACUGACAAUUUUUGUGAAAAUCUGAACUCUAAUUUUUUUUUUUGUAAUAUUUAAAUGUGAGUGCCCUAAACAGCCCGUCAAAGCUAAAACUCAAAGUGUUGUUCCCAACUCAAAGCACUUAUUGAAAAAAUUGCAAUAGGGAUAAUGAUUGUGAAGAAAUAAAUGUUAGAUUUUUGUUGAAGGCCCCUCUGCACGUCCCAAUGGGUAUGAUGUCACAUUUCAAGUCCAAGAAAAGAGAUUUCUAACCAGUAGUUCAGGAACACAAAUUGGCAACAAUGAAGGAAACAUGGUAGGCAUAAAAAUAAAAUAAAUAUUUAUAAUGUUAUUAAACUGGAGUUGCGCACAUUUUAUACAUCCCAUUGGUGGACGGUUAUGACAGUUUUUUCUUUCUUAGAAUUUGUAGUGGCAUGCCACACAGUGACUCUUAGUAGGAUCUUUGUAGAGGGAAACUGUGAAGAAUGAGAAAAAAACCUCUUAGACCUCAGUUGUGCAGGAAUGAGGGUCAAUCUUGUAGAUAUUAACAAAGACUACAAGGCAAAAUCUGGUCUAAUUAUUAACAUUAGAAUAAAGUAAAAUUUUCAAUAUAGGCCCCUUACUCAUGCAGGGAUUAACUGAAAGAUUAGGAUUUUUUGCUAGUUUAUUAAAUAAUAAGGGACAGUUACUGACAGUUUUCUAAAAUCCGAUGAAAUAUUUUAAAAUGAGUCACCGGUUAUCUGUUUAUCCACUGAUAUCCAACAUCUGAUUUGGUAACAUACAUGUAAAAUUGUACUUUAAGGGAACAGUGGGUUGUAACAUGACUUGUCUUAAUUAUUUGCAGUUGUUUGGAAUGCAGCUCAACAAUGUUUUUGGCAGAACAGAACAGGUGAAGGCAGAUCUGUCAUUUGGUACAAGAACAAGGAUGUCAUAUCAAGUGAGCAUAUGAAUAUUUUAUUGCAAUAAUACUUCUGUUGUCUAAACUUUCUGAGACACAACACUGCUGUGUACGUCAUUACCUACAUUGUACACCUAAGUUAUUCUAGCCAUGAAAAAAGACAACUUCUCCAGUGGAGUGCUAAACCUUGAGAAGGAACUUUUGAUUAAAAGAGUCUAUGUAUCCCACACAUAUCCCGCAGCUUAAAUAACACUGAUAAUAAUGUAUUGUUAAGCAGUCUAUAGUAAAACUAAAAUAAACUUUCCGUCUUUCAGCUGUCAUUCUUUAAGCCUGCUCCAGGGAAACCAGAAAAAAGGUAUGUCCUUUUCUGUUUGUUUGUGUGAAACAAACACAGUUGAAUUUUACCCAUAUGGACAUCAAAGCAGACACACACAAGAGUCAGGAGAAGACAUCUGAUGUAUUUGAUAGCUACAGCUCACUGUAUGGUCGGGAUAAACAACAACAACAACAACAACAACAACAACAAAAUAAAAACACUUUCCAUACAUGACACUAUCCAACAAAUUACAGUACGUGUACCUUGUAAUUUGCUGUGUAAAACAAAUUAAUAUUCUGUUACAAAAUUAAGGCGCAAUUUUCUUGAUUAAAAGGCACUGGAAAUACUAUUCUCAAAACCUGAAAUUGGUUUGCAAAAUUCCAAAAUAAUUUCACAGCUGAAUUCUGAAUGACUUUGUGAUUACAGACUUCUGCUCCAACGAUUUCUUUGAAAUUUGUCUGGCAUACUUUUUAUAUUACUAAAAGCUGUUCAGUAAAAAAACAUCAGGAAUAUUUUUCACUUGGUGCAAUUUUCUUUAAAAAUUAGGGUCCACUAAAGUGCUGAUUUUGUUAAAGAAAAAUCACCAGUAAAACCGAAAAGUUUUGACACAAAGUUUGCCAUAGUGCAUUGCACCUGUUAAAACAACAAAGCCACCUUUUGUUUAAAAUUCCAGGAAGUGACUGAGUUUCUUCCGACUCAGAAUGAGUUUAACAAAAAAAUGUUUUUUAGUUUCACUUUUGCAGCCCAAAAAUCAACAACAGAUGUACCAAUGUGUUCUUACCAAGAGGCAACUCAAGGACUUGUCAUGGAUUUUCAGGUAACUUGUAACCACCAGAACCAGCAGAAAUUUAAUAGUCUUCUUUUUCCCAUCUUGUUCACAUGGUAGGGAGCUAAGCAUAAAUUCCUCGCCACUUUUUUUCUGCUCUGUUCUCUUUGUGCUAUCCCAGCUGUACAAAUGCCCAGAAAGAAUGCCUAGAAGCUUGUGUACAGCAUCUUCACCAUCUGCAUUCCUUUUCCUUCAAAAGUUCUCUUGUAAAAAGUGUUACAUGUAUGUGGGUCUAGUGGCCCCAAGCUGUUUACCUUGGAAUGGUUCCAGUGUUGUUGCUGAUUUGAAGAAUGCUGUAAAAAAAGGAGAAAACCCAGGGGGACUCAAAUGAUAUUUUUCUUGCUUAUAUUUCAGCUUCCCUCUGUCAUUGGACAGCACUCUUUUUCAUGGGAAGGAAUGUGGCGUGAGGUAACAGAGUUGUCUAAAAACGCUUCCUUUGCUGUUCGGGAACAAGCUGGUCAUUCACUGAAGAGUUCACUCAAGGUAAUAACUUGGAAUUCCUCAAGCAGAGUAACAGGGGCUGGGUUUUUCAUACUACUUUUAUUUUCACAAUCAUGUGCCUUGGUUGUCUACAAUCGGCAACAAAAUUAGUUGAGACACUUUGCCCUAAAGGGCCGGUCUCUGACGCUUUGCCAGCGUAAAAAAAAAGAAAAUAAAGCUUUCCCUUCCCUACCCCCUCCAUGCAAUGUUGUGCCGCUGUUCCAGCUACCUGUAGAAAACAACAAACACCCAACUUUGCAAUUCACUAAGAAUAAGAUUGAACCAAUCAUUUGCUUGCAUUUUUUUCAGCACACAGUUGUAAUGGACAAAAGGGAUAACUUAACUUUACCAACUGAAGGGUAUUUUCUAAAACUCUCUCAGGUUUGUGCAAUGCUUAUAUAUUUCUUACGGUUCUCAAACAUGUAGGCAAAGUGCAAACGGAGUGAGGGUGGCGCAGGGUGGUGCAGUGCUGCCUCCCAUCAGUGUCGCCCAUCUUCAAAUCCUGAUGUCAAUGCCAUACGUGGGUUGAGUUUGUUGUUGGUUCUCUCCUUUGCUCUGAGAGGUUUUUUUCUGGGUACUUGGGUUUUCCACUCUUCUCAACUAACCAACAUUUCCAAAUUCCAAUUCGACCAGGAAUCAGGUAGAUGAAGAACCGCUUAGUGGAUGUGCUACCUCUAACUCAUUAUUUAUUGAUUAUUUAUUUAUUUAAGUGCAUUGUAAAUUGUAAUUGUAACUUGUUUACCCACGGAGCACUUAGGAGUUCUUUUAAGAACAUGUCUGUUAAUUAUUGGAGUUUGAAAGUGUUGGUUUUUGAGGUGCAUGGAAAACCAGAGUACGUGGAGAAAAACUUAUUGGAGUGAAGGACUGAGAACCAACAAUAAGUUCAACCAACAUAUGGCGUCAAUGCCGGGAUUUGAACCCAGGCCUCAUUGGUGGGAGGGGGGUGCUCUCACCACUGGGCCAUUCUUGCUCAUUUGAAAGUGCAGUCAGUAUAGCAUUCAUCUCUAAUUCUCCAUUUUCAAUUUCACCUUUCAGGAAUUAGCUGGAUUAGGAGGGGAUGUAAGGUUCUUUAAAAAUAGCUUGGAAUACCAACAAAAUGUGGAAGUUCUUAAAGAUGUGGUAAGUGUGGGCUGUUUUGCCAAACGAUGAUCUUGUACGAUAUGUUAAAAUGGCUUCAAAGAGACUGUCAAGGCUAAAUACAAUUUUGUAGGCCGGUUCCAGAGGCCAACUGCACAUCGACUGCCAGUUGACACCUUGUCCCAUUUGUUCAAACUGUGGAUAGGGCUUUUCUCCCGAUAAAUUACUUAUCUUAACUCCCCACCCCCACCCCCUAGUUAUAGGCUCAUUUACCUGCAAAUAAAAAAAAACGUCCGAUUUUAACUAGCCUCCCACGCAGGCGUUUUUAGGGGAGCUCGUUUUUCUUCCCUCCCCACAUUACUCCCCGUUUGUGGGGAGGGAAGAAAUACGAGCUCCCCUAAAAACGCCUGCUUGGGAGGCUAGAUUUUAACCUCCUCCGUUAUACAAGCCCCCCAUCCAAAUGUAUUGAAAAGAAUUCGAUUUAUUACGACGUUUUAACCCUUCAUUAAAAACCAGUAAAUGUAAAGGGUAUUUUGAUAAGCACUGUUGUAGCUUGUUUCGAAAUGUCUUUUUUAUUUCGUGUUAAGCACCCGCGGAUAUAAGCCCUUAACCCGCGGAUAUAAACCCUUAACCCGCGGAUAUAAGCCCUUAUAAGCCGUAACCCGUUUAUAAGCCCUCCUAAAACCCCUUACGAAGAUGAAUACGCCCAGGGCUUAUCAGCGGCAGUUUACGGUUUGUAUGUCUAACUAUUGGUUUUUAGGAGAAAAUGUUAUCCUUUGUGAGAGAUUUGAGCUACUUAGAGGCCAAUAUUGUUUUGUUUCAAAAAUAAAAGAGAGAAAUCUCCUCGCGAUAUAGGAUCCUGUUUUUCAUUGGUGUAGCCCUGUUUUUGUUUUGUAUUGUUUAGAUAUUAUCCUGGACUUUUCAAGGUGGAAAUCUCCGUCCACUGUUUGGUGCGCCUUCUCUAAUAAAUGACAGGUCAGUUUACUGCAUUUUCUUCUGCACCCGUGUUUCUGACCAGUCCAAACCCUAAGACCAGCAUGUGUCCUUUCGGAUGGAUUGAUUUAUUCCAUAUGUUCACCACGACAACUAUAUUUUGUUGAUACGACUACUCACAUGCGCUAAAGGUUUUUUUUUGCGUCUGCAAAAAGGUAGUCGUUGGUAUUAACUUCGUUCGGAAAUCAUGUCAGGCCACAGUAAAGGUUUCCUCGAAUAUUGGCCAAUUUUAGUCGGAAAUUGUCCGAUGACGGACAUUGCUGCAUUGCCGGUAUACUUGAACAAUCAGAACCUUUGUUUACUUGCUGAUCAUUUGCUUCAUUCUCAGGACCUUUAUGAUACAUCAAGCAGUGUUAUUGUAAGGAGAAACUGGCUUUUUCCAACUCUCUAUAUCGGACAGUUGACCCCUCCAACCACUUUGUUAACGCGGCCACUUUUCUGUUGCGCGAAAAAAGUCAUUCAUUUCUUUUUUCGACGAAAUACCACGUUCUGGAGUAAUCAUUUGUUAUUUCCUUCACGAUUCAAGUGCCUCGGGAGGAUAAGUAGAGCAAUCAACUUGACAAACAUAACAGUUUUUUAAGUCGUCCAAACGGCAUAAAUGACAGUUUUUAGCAGGCACAUUGAUAAUCAGAAUCAAAUUAUAUUUAUCAUGACAUCAUUAUGAAAUGCUUAGUAUCACAGUGUGCCGCUUUCCCUUUAGCCGGGGACUAGGUUCUUCGGUGGGAAAACGCUGAAUAAAGUUGUAAGUAGCGCAAAGCGAGCUAAGCGGGAGACUGAAAAGUGGGAAAGGGCGGAGACAUGUUCCGGGCCCGCCUUUUCCCUGCCCCUCCUCAGUCCCCCGCGCGGUUUGCCUCUUUCUUCUCUUUCCCUUCGUUAUUUUGUUCCUUUCCCCCCGUCCCCCCUUCCCCUCCAGGGGAGCCUGGUUUCAGGCUACUUCGCCGUUAAAACGACCACUCCUCCCUCUGCUGCAGGGACGACCCCCGUUAUACGACCUCGUUCGGUUUCACGGCAAAUAAGAAAGGGAAGCCAUAGUCCUCUUUACUUCAUUUCUGUUCUUUCUCCAUUUUCCUACAGAUUUUUUCUCGGUGGUCCAUUGUCCGUGAGAGGUUUUAACUUUAAAGGGAUUGGGCCGAGAAGUGGAGGUAAGAUUCAAGUUAGAGUUUUAAAAUUAAAACUAAGUUUUUUUGCCCCACCCCGCUCGCUAACCAUUCCUCCUACAAACAGUUUGUCUUUUUUCUCAUACUCCACGUAUAAUCCUUCCGACAAAACAUGUCUCCAGGGACUGCACGGUUUUCAUCAUGGUAAUGUUUACGUGAAACUCUUUUUCUAGUGGUCCAUCUUGUGUAUUCGUGCAGCUUUGUGUUAUCUGAACGUUCUUCUUGGUCUGAUUAUUUUAUUUCCAAGAUGAUUCGCUGGGCGCAGAUACUUACUGGGCAGCAGGCCUCCAUCUGUACACUCCUUUACCGUUUAGGCCUGGACGAGGUGGCCUGGGUGACCGUAUCAAGACGCAUUUGUUUCUUAACAGUGGCAAUCUGAUCUCCUUAAACACAAGUAUGUUAUGGAUUUUAUUGAGCAGAAGUGUAUGCAGUGUUAUGUUUGUAAUAGUAUAAUGGUGUGGCCAGUCUCGUUAGGUACGUGGUGUAUCUUGGUGCAUGGGUUUUCUAGUCCACAUGCUAAUUUGCGCUUGUCCAUUGUGAUUCACGUCACGUGGUCCUGGCGAGUGAAGUAGUGAGGCCUCGUUUCAGAUGCGUGAUAAAACUGGGAAAGUGCUCCAAGAGACUGGACAAAUGUAUGGGAAUAUAUAUUGUACUCAUGCCUAGUGUAUUAUACUGAUACAACUUUAUCCACCAUAUCAUAUGGUACUUCAUUUCUCGAUACAAUUUGAGUUCUCAUGACGUAGCUAUUUGAUACACCCUUACUCAUGUUUUCACUCGUAAAAAGAGUUAUCCCUCCCCCGACUGGAGUUCCUGAGCUGAAUCGUCCUCUUUAGGUGUGAUGAAAUGCACAGUAAUUGCUGUUUUUGUUUAUUUAGAGAAAAUCAAACUUUCUUUUCAGAUGUUCCCUGGCGGAACAGGCUUUAUGCGUUAAGAGAGAAAGUUCGCUGGUCAUGUGGAGUCGGGCUUGUGUUUUUAUUGGGGAUCGCAAGAAUAGAAUUAAAUUAUUGUAUUCCAUUUGGUGCUCAAAGUUCAGACAGGUAUUGAAGCAAUUUAAUUCCUUUGUGUCUAUUUUACUUAAGAUUUCCGGGUAGCAAGCUUGUUUGUGAGUUUUUUUUAAUACCAAAUCAUGUAUUAAUUAGUGCAUAUUUUUUUUCAGUGUAAAUCAUGGAAUUCAAGUUGGAGUUGGAAUAAACUUCCUUUAAAGAACCCUUUAUCUUUUAAGAAUAUUAGACACUUAACGCUGUCUAUGUCUGACUGCCUCACUAGCAAUAGCCUGCGAGCAGGCUCUUUCGGGGGCUUUGGAGGUGGGAAAUGGGGCACUUUUUCUCCCCCCGCCCUUCCAGCCCCCCCAAAUAGCCUGCUCGCAGGCUACUCUAGCAACCAGGCACAAGAUUCAUUUUGCGUUUGUUAGAAGUGAAACUGUCGAACUUACUAAGAAUCACCCUGAUAACAUGGUGCCAAAGGUCGCGAAAGUGUUUAGAAGGAAAAGAAAAACAACUUCUAAAUUGUUGUAACAAAUUUUAAAGGGACAACGCUACCUAUUUAGUGCUACACGCACUGAUCACAGGAGACUAACGUCAUUCCAAAUAAUAAAUAACGGCCAG